AUGAGUUUGGUGGUGACGGGCGGGGCGGCGGCCACGACGUUCUUGCGUGGCAAAGGGGUGUCCGCCCACACCGCCUGGUGCACUUCGAGGGUCACGACGCCCAAGCCCGAGGCCAAGGACGUUGAGGAAGAAGGAGGCGUUGACGGUGCCCUUAGCGUUGAAGGCCUGCACGGAGUAGUUCCCAGACUGCGUCCUGGCGAUCUUGCCCAGCUGGAGCUCGCCGUCGGUCGCCACCAGCCGCUCGCCUCCCCGCCGUCAAAUGUACCUAUAUUCAAAAUACUGAGCACUCGAAACCCGAAGCAAAUGGACUCGCCGGCAACCGCCCGAGAUCAGCUGACGGAGGAGGACCCGAGGCAGCAGGACGGAAACAUGGCUGUGGCAAAGUACAUCGCUUUUGCGGCCUUUAUUAUCUUUGCUGGCACUGGUAUAGCAGUAGGCUAUACUGGUGGGAGUUUGUUGACAGCAUAUGUAGCCUAUCUCUCCCCAUGGCUGCCUGGUUGGCUAUGGAUUGCAGUGGGAAUUAUCAUGGUCCUGGGAGUUGGAAUAACUGCCACAAGCACUGCAGGAGCAAUUGCAACACUGGCCCCAAAACCUAAGGCCUUCAAAACG